AUGAAAUGGAGGGGAACUCUACCCCAAUGUCGGCCCCAAAAGACGUGCAAAAAGUUUAGUUUAAACGAAAAACACUUGACAGAAGUCUAUCACUACGAAAAAGUGUAUUACACUAACACAAGCGAUUGGUUUGCCAUCGAUGGCACGAAAGCCCACUUCCGGUGCAAAGACGAGACACUAAUAUUUGUGGGCAAAGAGUAUCGUAUUUGUGGUAAAGAUGGCGAAUGGAGUGAUACUCAUCCCAAUUGUCUCGACACUGACAAAGAAUCCAAACUGAAUAUAACGACGAUUUCGGUCAUAAUUAUGUUGACAUUGAUAUUGACGUUCGGUUUGUCAGCAAUUCUGGUAUUCUGUGUCCUAAGGAUGAAGAGAAUGCAAAGAAACAAAUUGAGUGCAAACGGUAUGAGAGAAUCAAACGUUUACGACGACUACGACAUCCAUGGCGUCGGUCUUUACGGCAAAAAUAUGGACGAAAUGUACGAAACGGUCGACGAGACCACUGAAGACAGAUAUGCGGACAAUAGGCAUAUGCAAAGGGCGGCGGCGGUGGCGGCGCCCGUCUAUACCGAUAUGAGUAGCGGUCCCUAUAAAGUCAAUUAUAACGAUAGAAAUGUUUACGACGAUUGUAUUGAUUACGACAGACAUCAGCCAAAUGCUAAUACCAGUGAUUUAGACGAUUCCUAUGUAGUGAUGAAAGUACGCUAA